AUGAUUGCUCUACUCGGCCCGCCCCCCGGGGUAUUGCUCGCGAAGUUAAAGGCCAUGUCAGAGCGCAACUGGCCCCAGCCUGUCACGAACGAUGCUGGCAAGCUCUGCAAUAAUGCUCAAGAGUUCUUCGAUGGCCCUUUCUUUAACGCAGAAGAUAAAUUCCGCCAUAAUGAGUUGAUUCCGUCCCGAAGCUUAGAGGACACAAUCCAAUUCUUCGAAGAGAAGGAUCGAGAAGCAUUUUUAUCUUUUGCUCGACAAAUGCUCACCUGGCUCCCGGAGAAGAGGAAGACAGCUCGCGAAUUGAUGGAUCAUCCGUUUCUCAAACUUGGGAGUUGA